AGACGGCACAGCCUCAACAGUACGAUUCAAAUCUCGUCCCCAAGCAGUCGCACUAGACUACUCCGCCGGUCCGUUCGUCUGUCUGUUCCGUGCGCAUCUCCCUAUCCGGACUGGUCGCAUCGUUCGUGUAAGUGCAUCUUUCCGUCCGUAGGAACCUGGCCGAACAAACCGCUAGGUGCAGUUUCCGACAUCGGCUUUGUCCACAAAAGAGCGCCACAACGAGACAGACAUCCCCAAAGUGAUGACUUGAUGAUAGACAAGUAUUCUGAAUUAGUGUGAACAUAGUUGAUCACAAAAAAAACAGUGGAUAUCAUAUUCCGACAGUGAAUGUGCGUGAUCUAGUGUUCCAGUUUUACGCGAGCAGUUCAACGCAAAGGCUUUUCUUAAGCAAUCAGUUUCUAAACUAGCCCGCACUAGAAUCCUAAACGUUGGAGAGAUGGGAACGCAACAAAGAUUGCGUACUAUCGCGUCCUUCGCAGUGCUGACAUUCCUGGGACUUACCUUCGCACAGGAUGAUUCGUCACAGUCGCGACCGCUCAACGAUGGAUCGUUCAAGUUUGGCACCAGGACAAGCUUUUCCUGUACUGGCCGGGCGGCCGGCUACUAUGCGGACGUUGAAACGGGCUGCCAGAUCUACCACAUGUGCGACGGACUCGGGCGGCAGUUCAGCUACGCCUGUCCCAAUACGACACUGUUCCAGCAGCGCAUGCUCAUCUGUGACCACUGGUACAUGGUCAACUGCUCCAAGGCGGAAAGCAACUAUGCGGCAAACCUGUUGAUCGGCCAACGGGAUAAGCCCUUUGUGCCGGAGGAGGAAAACGAAAUCCGGACACCACGACCGGAUCUGCUCGAUCGACCGGAUGCGCUCGAUUUUGGAGCACCGUCGCUGAAGAACUUCUUUAAGUCGAGUACACCUGCACGACAGAAUGCAAUUUUCGACACGCAAAGCCGUUCCCGCUCGUCAAGCUCCAACAUCGUGGGAAAGGGACAGAGCGAGAAGCGUACGACCACCAGCCCGAACGCGGAGAUCUUCCAGGAGAGUGCCAGCAACCACGGGCUGCCGAUCCACUGGAGCGGCCGAUUUGCCGAUGAGAACGCAACGCCGACGAAUGAGACGCAGCCCGCGGCUCGUGAACAGCCCGGCCAAACCAAGACCAAACGCGAUGAGGACAAAAACGAAAGCCGAAAAACGAUCACCAUCACGACGAGCGAGCGACCAGCGGUGACGGUUAAAACGCCUUCCCGUCGCUACGAGCCUCCUUUCACGCCGACGGAAUAUCAGCAGCGCGGUGUGGUGCAGCAACCCGUUCCAACGGCCGACUCGAACCUGAACACCAUUCCAACGACGGUAGCACGUGGCUCAUCGUUCGUCCCGAACGUCCCGACGACUACCACCGUUCGGCCACGUGUUCCCAGCACUCAGCGCAGCACGAUUAAUGUUUCGACCACUGCGAAGCCUCCCGUAACGACGGCUUCGGUUCGCACAACGAACCAAACGCCACCCAGCACUCAACAGCUUCCGCGCUCACAGCCUGCACAGUUCCAACCGCUCGCAGCGAGUCCGCAGGUGUCGGAUCUGUCCGAUCCACGCCAGUCCAUUCUGCCACCGAAAGCGAUCCUUUUUAGCCCGCCGGCAGCAACAGCCGGACUGUUUGAGAACCGAUUCGCCAACCAGCGUCCCCAAGUCGUCCCAGCGGGUGUAUCCGCACCCUCGCGGGAGCUUCUGCCGCCGUACGAGAACCUGGCCAACUUUGAUCAAAUCAAAACGCGCUACACAAGCGAGUCCAUCUACACGCGCCAACCGAUCACGAACGAACCGUCUGCCGGUCCGGUGAAGACGGCCAUCGACAAGCUGGCCGUGGCCGAUCCUCUUCCUGCUGCCCGACCCACGCCCACCAAUCAGGACAAAAUUCCACGUCCAUUCAGUGUGCCGAAGCCUGCCAACGAUCUAGUGCCGCCGCGCAAGGAGUACGUAUUCUACGAUGACGCGACCACACAAGGUCCUCCGAUCUACUACCAGUGGAAGUGGUCGGUUCCAUCGUUCGGCCUAGAUCCACCCGGUCUCGAAGCACCGGCAGCACCAGGCGCACCGAGCGUUGAAGGUAGUACACUCGAUGGGCUGCUGCCACCGGUAAGCAACCGCAAGGUGGACAAUGACGCAGCAGACGAUCGCCUGAACGCCCAACUAAACCCAGCCUCCCAGGAGCACCUAGCGCACGAUGGGGGCCAGAGCCGCGAACACAACCAGACGGCACGUUCCAUCUCCUCCGAGACGGGCAAUCUCGGCGAGAAUCGGGUGGAGGUGGAAAAUAAAUUGGUAGUGCCGCUGCCGCAGCACAACUAUCUGCAGCUGCGCCAACAGUUUGCCAUCCCGGACUUUACCUUCCCGCUGGACGGUGCGGCCAAGGGGGGCCAGUACGCCAACGUCGAGGCAGUCGAUUCGUUCCAGGUGAAGAUCCCGAGCGAUGCCUCAUCGCGUGGCAGUGCGCCGCCCGGUGUCAGUGCGCGAGCGUGGUACGGCGAAAACGCACGAUGUCCCGAAUGCCAUCCGGGGUUCCUGCGACCGGGCAGUUGUGAACCGUGCGUAAAGAUUCGCCGAUGAGACAGUUCCCGGGGGCAGCGCCAUGUUCGCCAGGCCUGCAAAUGCAUUUGAGUACAUCGUCUUCUCCAUUCAUCAUCACCUUUUUGCCCCACCCCCACCUUCAGGUUCAGCAUCAUCAACCAUUCAUCUGAGCACCAUCAUCCUCGUCACCCGCGGUCGGGAAAGGUUUCCUUGCUUCCAUUCAGAAUGUGCGAUCCCUGGACGCGGUAUCACUGGUGCGCGUCCUGCUGUAAAUACACGAUCCUUUCUUUUUUUUUAAUGAAUAGUGCAUGUCUAAUAUGUCGAUUUCAUGUACGGCAUAACGUAUGAUUAAAUAAAGUAUGAAAAACUGUA